GCGGGGUCUGUGCGUGGGGCGCCGAGGGCUCGCGGGCGGUGUCACGGAGCGGGGCUCUGGGGGACGCCCGCCGGGCUUCGGUCGUCACCGAGGGCUCCCGGGCCGAGUGUCUGCGUCCUUCUGCUCGGUGCCGGCGCAGAAGAUGAGGCUGAACGAGGGCCGGCCGAGCCCCUUCCAGGCCCCCGUCAGCGUGCACGGCCCGCCGGGCCGCCAGCUCCACGUCUUCCCCGGCCGCAGCCCGCCCGGCUCGGAGGAGAGCUCGGAGGAGGAGCUCAGCGCCAUGGAGCUGCGGCCCCGCGGCAGGGAGCAGCAGCGGUGCGGCGCUCCUCGGGACAGGGCUGGGGACGUGGUGCUCCUGGAGCGGGAGGUCACGGAGGACGACAGUCUGAACAAGCUGGCCCUGCAGUACGGCUGUAAAGUGGCGGAUAUCAAACGCGUCAACAACUUCAUCAGGGAGCAGGACCUGUACGCGCUGAAGUCCAUCAAGAUCCCGGUGAAGCCCCACGGGCUGCUGACGGAGAGCAGCAGGGAGCUGAGGCCGGCCCCGGCCCCGCGCUGCCCCAGCGGCGUGACGCUCGUGGACCUUCCGGAGCCCGAGGCCGGUGCCAGCGGCUCUGAGGGCAGCCGCCUGAGCGACUACUUCAAGGGGAUCGACCAGAGCAUCCAGGAGGCCGUGCGGGCGGAGGUCCAGCUGAACGACGAGUACUGCACGGAGGCGCUGGAGCGGCCGCUCUGUGAGUCGGGGAAGCGGGAGCCCAGCACUGGUGCAGACUGGGGGAUCCAGUGGUGGAACGCAGUGUUCAUUAUGCUCCUGAUAGGGAUUGUCCUGCCGGUAUUUUAUAUCAUCUAUUUUAAAACCCAAGAGAAUGGCCCGGCAGCCCAUACCUCCAACACAACACUAACCUCAAACAUCUCAGCAGAUGGAUUGGAAGGGAAACCACUACAAAGCUCAGAUGUAGAAAAAAAUCGGAACGGGGAGGUGCAGCCAAACACAGCCUCUCCUCCCAGCACUGAGGCCCAUAAGCCUGUGACUCUGCCACGAGUGCAAUCGGGGGGAUAACAGUACAGAGAUUUUUUUAUUAUUUUUUUAAAGUAGCUGACAUUGUAGUCCUGAACUCGACUGAACCUGGGGUGAUGUGAUUUUAUGGAAGAAUAAGAAUGCUUUGCCUGUAAAGAUCAACAGGCAGCUGGCUUAACACUUGUGAACUCUGUUGAGGGGAAGUAUUUUAAAGCAAUUACUCCUGUUUGCUGCAGGUAUUUCUUACGAAUGGCCUUGUUGAAGAAGCUGAGCCCUUUACUGCUGUGACACAGAGUGCAGAAUUAGUGUGACGGGAAAGCUGGCGGCUGUUUGUGUUGUAAGAAAUUUUUUGCUUAGAAUAGAAGGGGGGACUCUUUCGCUGAAUUGUCGUUUUUCUCUCCUGCAGACUGGCAGUCUGGGUGUACCUAACCUUACAGCAAUGACUUUUAGGGCGUUAGCUGAGGUGUGCCACAGCAUGAGGACGCUGGGGGUGACUCCUGAGUCCAGCUGUGUGCACAAACACUUCCGUUGUGGACGAUUCCAGCCCCUCACGGUGGUGGCUGAGCUCGGAGCUUUUCUCAUGAAGGAAACCCUUCAAGAGACUGCGUGAGCGCUGCUGUCUUACAGGCAGAGCUCCUCACAGAGUCCUUGCUUAUGUCAGGGUUCAGCUCAUCCAGAGCAACUGCUUCAGCGUGGCAGCAGGCGUCCAGGCAGAGCUGUUGAGUGGUGGUAGGCCUGUGGUGCAUGGUGCGCUCUUCUCCAAGGCUCACAUGGGGCGGGGAGGUCUAGCUGUUAGCUCCUUUUGUUCUUAACUCCUGGAUGGUGCAGCCCAAACACCCCCGUGCAGUCCUGGAGUUCCUUGUUUGUAGCCUUCAAGUGAGAGAGCGCUGCCAAGGUGACUUUAUUUGCGAAGCCCUACGCUAUUUAGGUGGUCACAUAAAGGUGUAUGAACCCUGGGUAGGAUGGGGAGCGGUGAAGCUGCUGGAUGUUGCACACGUCUGUUCACUCCUGAUGUUUGCAUUAGAAAGCGGAGUGCAGAGGAAGGAUGAAGGAAGCUCUGGAGGCUUGUGGAUGGCCAGAAGCUGUCUGUAAGCCUGGGGUGGUGCUGUUUAGGACGGGUCAGAAAACAAACACUACGUGUUGGAAGGGAGCAGAACAGGCACCUGUGGAACACGAGGCUCUGGGGCGCUUCACUGCAGAGAAUUGGCCUCAAACCGUUAAUUCAGCAACUUCAGGGACAGCAGGCAGAGGUAAAUGCUCUCCUAGAACUAAAUGCUAAGGUGUUUCUGCAGCACAGUUGCAUGAAACCCACCGGGAAGGGCCGGGGAGUAACGGGGUAGCAGCCAGCUGGAAGCGGCUCUGCCUGGCCGGACGCUUGCGCAGGGCUUGGCUCAUCCCAGCUGCUCAGCUGGUGGCUGAGGACGGGGUUGGCCCGGCCGCCUCGAGCUGCAUCGGCUCCUCCACCACGGCGCUGCCUGAAACAAGGGCAGAAUCCACCUGCUUGGGGCUGCUCAGGCCAGCCCUGAGCUGCUCAAGGGACGAGCGCCUCUUAUGAGCCCUGCGGGGGCGGGGGGCAAUGCUGCUGGGGCUUGCAGGCUGGUGGGGGGGGGGGGGGGGGGUAGCAUUGCUGAACAUCAGGCACGGUGCUGGGUUUUUGAAAGCCUUUUUUGUUGCUUCUAAAGCUCUGUGAGCAAAAGCAAGGCUGGGUGAGUGCUGCAGCACAAGCUGGUGGUGUGCAGAGGUAAUCCCUUUGUGGCCUGAGGAAGAGCAGCCUGACAGCUUUUUUUUUUUUUUUUUUUUUUUUUUUUUUUUUUUGCUUAGAACAAAUGCUGAGGGGCGAGGACCAUUACACAAACCAAGCAGACCCAUGUGGUGUUAACCCAACACCCUGGGCUUCCUGCAACCUUCAAAAAAGGGCUCAGGGCAGCCUGAGGGAACCUGAUUUUGCAAAUGAGGCACAUAACGUAUCUUGUACUGAAAAGAAAAACAAACCUUGUAUUUUCUUCUGUGAAGGAAAAAGUAUCCCUCAUGGUUGGGGAGGGGGUGAUUACUACAUUUUUUAAAUAAAGGAAAAUGAAAUAAAAGCACAAGGGGCACUUAA